GCCGGCGCGGUGACGCCAGACGCAGGGCAGGGCGGGCCGGGCCGGCCGGGCCAGGGCGGAAUGGCGAGUCAGUGCGGCAGCCCCAGGUGCACGGCGGAGAGGAGAGGAUUUCGGCGGGAACUCGAUUCCUGGCGCUAUAAACUCAUACACUGUGUAGGGUUCGAAAGCAUCUUAGAAGGACUUUAUGGACCAAGGUUACUCAGAGACCUCAGUUUAUUUGAUGACUGUGAACCCGAAGAAGUUACUGACUGGUCUAUGAAUGAAAAUUGUUCAUGUUGUUGCAUAAGGAGGGAGAAAGUAAAGGAGCAUAUCUCAUCUGUGAAUGCACCUCCAACACUGACAUCUACUGAGGAAACUCUAUCUCAGGGGCAGUCCCACACUGAACAGCUUGAAUGCCAAGCAGACAAAUUUCUUAAUGCUAUCUUUCAUAAAAAAGACCUUCCUCAGAACUGUGAUCGCAACAUUCCUUUAGUUGCUCAGGAAAUAAUGAAAAGAAUGAUUCGUCAGUUUGCAAUUGAAUAUAUAUCCCGAAGUAAUCGUGUUCCUGAAACUCAAACUGGAUCAGCCGAUGAAUCUGUUUCUGUCCCAGACGAUCCUCCCGCCAACCGAACCCAGAACUCCUUUCACCAGGAGCAGGAGGGACCGUUAGACCUCACUGUGAAUAAAAAUCAACAAAAAUGUUUCCAACAAGCAGAUGGAGUACUUGAUCUGUCAACAAAGAAGAAUAGUUUAGAUUCCACACUUUCAACUGGAUCUUGUCUGACAUCAACCACUACCAAAUUAUCAGGUAAUGGCCUGAAUGCUGAUGCAGGAAGAAUAUUCAACUCUACCAACAAAACUGGUUGUAUAAACUACAAAGUAACAACAUUGAAUGAAAUUUUGUCUACUUUAUGCCAUGUUCAUCAGAAACUUCUUACAUCAAUGCUGAAGUGUUUAAUGCACGAAAAAGGUGCUUUCAAUGUACAACGCCAAGAACAAACACAGUCGCAGCAUCAAAAUUCCCCAUUUAAUUUCAGUGAAAAUAAACAUAAUGAGGAAUUGUAUGAUUGUAAUAGAUUCCAUUGGUGUGAAAAUUGCUCCAUGCGAACUGUAAGAUCAGUUCCUCAUCAGAGUUGUCUGAAAGAUAUACAUUGUUCAUCAUGUAAAAACAGCAGACUUGAAUGCUUUACAAUAAUAAGUAAUGGAGUUUGUAAAGAGUGUAAUAAGAUCAAUCUAUACCAAGUUUGCAGAUCUUAUAAACAUUUUGCUGGAGGCAUUUGUGGCAGAGGAGCUACUGUGCAUGCUUGCAGUCAAUUUUCAGUUGAAGAGAUUUCCAAGACAACAGCAGCAGAAUCUCCUACCCUGACAUAUGGCAUCAAAGAUUACAGUCGACCACGAAGUCCUUCCCCUCCACCUUUAUCACCAGUAGGAACUGACGGUUUUGAAGUAGAUGGAAUGAACAAAGUCAUUUCCACCUUAGAUGCCCAAAAUAUUGAACUUAUCGUCACUCAGCCUCCCUCUCUUUCACCAGAAGAGGAAGAAUGUUGCAGCCCAGGGGUCUCAAGCCAAACUCACAUCAGACCAAAGUCUUCAAAUAUACUUCAACCAAAACUCUAUGAUUUUGAAGUAGUCAGAAAUAAAAAUAGUAGGUCAUCAGAUUCUGAGAAUGAUUUGGAAAAAGGUGAACACUCAGCUUCAUUUCAGGAGGUUAUGGAGCGGAUAAAUGAAAAAUUAAAAUCAAUCGAAACAUCAGAUGAAGGCCAGGUUUUGCCAAACCUUUCCUAUGAUGAUUCUUGUCAAGAAAACAAUGACAGUCUUAAAUUGAGAGAAAUCACAUCCACCUUAUCACACAAAGCAAAAGUCAGUGAUUGUAGCCUAAUGGAAUUACUUAAGCAACAUGAGAAAAAUUGGGAAAACCCAAUCAUUCAAACACGUUUUCGGAAGCGGCAGGAGACCUUAAUUGCCCUGCACAAUUCUCCAGAUUCACUGUCAUUUCGACGUCAGAAGGUACAAAUAAAAAGGGACCUUGCAAAUCUUGAUCAGCUAUUUUUAAAUACAGAAACAACUUUUGAAAAGUUUGGAAGGAAAUUGGCAAAGAGCAGUAAUAAAGAUAAAAGUUCACCGGAGAAGGAAUCUACACUUAUGGAGCAUUACAUUAGAGAAACUUCACAGGAAAAAGAAUCUUUACGAUUCAAUAAAGAUUUUCAGAAAGUUGACAACAUUGUUUUGCAUCCUACCCAUUUGCCUGUCCAGUGUGAAGAUGAAUUUAGUGACUUAACUCCAUCUUUACAAUUUGUUGUUCAUGAAACCAGAGAUGUGACCGAGUGUGCUAAUUCCAAAUUAAGUUCAAACUCAGAUCUGUUAUACUUUCCUGGGCUGGAUGAAAUGAGAAUGGAGAUUCCAAGUGUGAAUACCAAAAUGCCUGAUUAUGACUCUAAGGAAUUUCCUUUGUGUUUACAAGAUUCUGCCAAAAUGGAUUAUAGAUCUAACAUUGGAAGGACAAAACGAAAAAUUCUGCCUCCAGAAAGAUACUCUAUGUAUAUUACUGAACCUAGGAAAAUGUUUUAUGCUGCCUAUUUUCCAGAAAAUUUCCAACGAAAACCUAUUAAGGCAACAAAAUCUGCACCAGAUUGUGAGAGUAAUGCUUGUGAAGUGCCUGACCACGACAAUUCCGUGGGGUUAAAACUCCAUAGUGAAGAAGAGGAGAAUGUAAUUGUGUAUGAAGUUGCUGACAGUUUAGAGUCAACCGCUUCUGCUCAGUGUGAGAAACUGAACGGUAUAAAUAGUAACAGUGAAAGUACUGAUGACUUAUUAGGCAUUGAAGAACAUGCAAGAGAGCAUAAUUCACCUGACAUAAUAGUUCAUGUGUCACAUAAAACAAAUGAAUUUGUGGACCAAUACAAUGACGGAAACAAAAUGACACCUACAGAGUUAAAUGCUGACUCGUUGCAAGUUGCUUGUUCCAUGGAACAAAAUGACUCUGAUAUUUGUAACAAUGAAAACUCAAAACUUGUUGCCAAAUGGGAAACAUUGGAGAAUGCAGUGAAUAACUUAUUUUCUAGUGGCCCUGAUUCUGGUGCAAUACUUAAUUCCAGUUCAUUCUUGGCAAGUGGAUGUCUGGGUGUAAAUCCUCAGCUGCAGCAAAGGUGUCUACAUCAUGCAAUUUGUGAUUGCUUGGUUCAUGAAAAUACUGAUUCCAUAAAUCAUGCAGACAUGAGUAAACAUUGUUCUGUUUAUUACAACAGUCCCAUAAAGCUUAUGUUCCUGUCUGAGAUAAGCAGUGAUAAAGGAAUUAAAUAUACACUGACGUCUGUGACCUCUUCUAAGCUUGACACAAAUAAUCCUAUUUCACAAGUUCAUCCUGAAGAAAUUUACCUUAAAGAACAGGAGGUAAGCAAUUCAACUGGUUUCGAAAAUGAUAAUGUUAUAGAGUAUUUCCAAAAUCCGUCUGCUUGUGAAAAUGAUAAAACAAUGGAAUAUAUCCAAAAUCCACCUGUUUUUGAAAAUGUUAAUACAACAGAACAUUUUGAAAAUCCGUCUGCUUCUAACAAUGGUAAUGCAACAGAAUGUAUGGACAGUUGUUCAGAAAGUUCUGCUAAAAUCUGUGAGGAUGGAAAUUGCAAUGUAGAUACAUCCAAGUGUAAUAGUUCUCUGUGUUAUGCAGAUAGUGAAACCAGUCAGAUGGUAGAAAUAACUUUGGCUUCAGAAGAAGUGACUGAAUCCAUUCUAAAAAGAAAACCUGGACGACCUAAAAAAUUAGGCCCACCAGUAGAAAAGCAAGUUAAGAGGCCCAAGGGCAGACCACCAAAGCCCAAAGUGGAAUUACCAGAACCUGUUGAGAAUAAGCCUGAUGAUGCAAAUACGAAGAAACGCAAUCCUCCUGCCGCAGAUGGUAGCCGUAAUAUUAAAAUUACUGUUGUCUAUGGAAGAUCAAGAAGAUUCAAAAGAUUUGUAUCUGAGAAUGAUAAGGCUUUAACUAAUAAUCACCUAAGAAAUGUUAAUGAAAGUAACUUAAAGCAAAAAUGUGAUAAGCAAAUAAUGCAGAGUAAUGAAAUUGUGCAGAAUUCCUCUAUAGAGGAAUUUGAAGGCAAAGCUGAUAUUUCUGCAUCAUCAGUGAUGGAAUGUGAAUACAGAUAUGAUUUAGUGAGGCCCAUAAAGGAUAAACCUGCUUCAUUUCAUACCACUGGCAAUGCCGUUUGUCCAAAUAGCAAGCCUCCACCAGUUAAAACGUGCAACGGUGGACAGAGAAAACCUGGACGUCCUGCUAAAGUGAAGAUUUCAGGCAUAUCUGUUACUGUCAAUGCAGUAUCACCACGAGAAAGAAAAGUCUGUAUUAAUAGAAUAUUGCCUCCAUUAGAACAGGAGUCCCCACCUUCAUACAAACAAAUUGAAGAUACAUCUAUCAAAUACGGAAACUUAAAUAAAGAGUUGUCUUUGAGCAUUCAAAGUAAUUGUGAAGCCAAAUCAAAGGUAAACCCGGUUGAAAAGAAAGUUAAACGUAUGCUGCUCCUCGGGCAUUUGGGUCGAAUAAAAAACCCAUCUCUGUACUUCCUACAUUCCUUUCCAAAGUCGUCUUCAUUUUCGCAAAGCUGUGCCCUGGUACGUAAAUCUCGAAAACUGCUGUUAAACAAAGCAGGAAAUGAACUUGCUAAAAGCAGGAAGCUGGGUCUUAAAAUGGCAGCUGAAAAUAUCACCUCAAAUGUUACAUUGGAAAGUAAAGAGGAGAAAACCAAGAAUGAACAAAGUGAAUUUGACUCUGGUUUUGAAAUGGCAGCAGAUCCAGUUUUUACACCUGGCUCUCCACUCAGAUGGUGGCACACCUCCACUUCAAAACAAACGUUGCAAGAGGAACUUGAUUUACGAUUUGAACAAAUCAACAGUGGUUGGCGUCCUGUUGAUGCCACAGAAUUGUUGAUUUCUUCUGACAAAAGAAAAUAUCCGACUCAUUUUAAAGGAGUCACUAAAUCAGCGAUGAUUGCAGAUAAUAAGAAUCAGGUUCAAAUUUCGCCUAUCCAAAUGUUGUUUCAGGGGCAUUGCAAUAUGGAUAAAAUCCGUGCCUGGUUCAUGCAAACAACAGAAACUCAUUCAUUGGCCAUUGUGAGAAAAGAAAAUGCCCGUGAUCCUAUUGAGGUUCUGAAUGCUAGAGGAAUUACUGCAUCAGAAAAUCAAAUUGAUUCUGCUACCAGCCCUCAGGCAGAACAUUUGAAAAUGCACCUUAAAAAAUUUGCACUAGAAUCCCCUUUAAAGCCAAGAGGGCAUUUCCAUCUGUCAAACAGAAGGUCAAAGUUUAAAGUUUAUAAACCUAAAAGACUAUUGGUAGAACAUAACAAAGGGGUUUGCUGGAAAUCACACCACCAGAAAUUGUUGCACCAUCACAGAGUUCAGUAUAAGCAAUGGAAGUCGGUUUGCAAGCAUUUGAAUGAAAUUCCACAGUGCCAACAAGACUUGGAAAACAUUGUAGAAAGCAAAAAUAGUCAAAAAAAUGAGUUUGAAAUAAACAACUUUUCAUAUGCAAAAGAAUCCACGUUAGUGACCAAUGGAAAGGAAAAUGAAAACCAAGAUAAAAUUAUAGCACUAAAUAACAUGAGUGCUGGCUUAUCUGGUUGUGCACAUGAACAGAAUUUAAAUUCAUUGAACAACUCAGAAUGUAAAAUAACUGAAAUUAUAACAAAAGAUUCAGAAGCAGACAAAUCUGUUGUGGGCGGGCAACAAGAAAAUAUUGUCAGAAAUAUGAACUGGAAACGGGCAAACUUUAAAGAAUGCAGGGUAUUUUUAAGGAAGAUAAACUCCCUGGAUCAGAGCCAUUUAAGAAAUGUUGGUGUGUGGAAACUAUCGAAAAAUAGCUCAACCAAUAAUAAAGGCACAUGUAACCUGCAGAGGUGCACUGAAGAAAAUACUGAUCCUUGUACUGAAAUAAAUACCCCUACUGCUAAUUCCUUUGAAACACAAAGCUUAAACCUUGCAUGCCAUGAUUCAUGUGAACCAAAAGGGAAGAAAAAGCACUCAAAAAGGACACAUAGUGAGAAUGGGCUAAGUUGUUCACCAUAUAAAAAAGUUAAGUAUUUUGCAAGCAAGCAGUCAACGAUUUGCCAUGUUAGCAGCAAUUGCCUUCCUUCAUUGGACACCCACAGUAACCAAGUAAAUGAAAAUAAUUCACAAAAGGAAAAUGCUGAAAUAAUGAAAGCUAAUGCAGGAAAAGUAAAAAGACAAACCGAUAUCAACACAAAUUCAACAUCACUGAAGAGGAUGAGACAAUCAUCGGUUGAACAAAGGUUAUCGGGUAAUCAAUUACAGUUCCAAAUAGAUACGCUUCUAUAAUCAAAUAAAGAUCCCAACAUCCUGCCAUGGAUGACAUCAGCUUGACAUCAGUUUUAUUUUUUUGCCUCGGGACGUUUACAAAUAGACCAGUAGUUGUUUGAAUCAUUAUUCCUCUAUCAUCUGCUCUCUAACGUUUUUGCAAAUAUGUAAUUGCAUACUAUUGAUAUGUAUUUCUUUUAAAGAGUCUAUUUUCUCCAUUCUUUUCAAAGGAAUUUGUGUUCUUAUUAGAUAUAACCUCUUUGGUAUAAAUAAACAGAGGCAAAUUUGUUAUUCCAUUCCUGUCAUCUCUUUUUGUUUAAGAAGGAACUGCAGAUGCUGGAAAAUCGAAGGAUGAGGCAGCAUUUAUGGAGCGAAGGAAAUAGGCAACGUUUCAUGGCCGAAACCCUUCUUCAGUCUGAAGAACGGUUUCGGCCCGAAACGUUGCCUAUUUCAUUCACCCCAUAGAUGCUCCUCACCUGGUGAGUUUCUUCAGCACUUUUGUCUACCUGUCAUCUCUUUUGUUAGCUUUGAUUAUACGUUGCUCAUUCUGUUAGUUUAAUCUCGACAUGUGACUUUGGACAUAUAUUUUUAUGUUCCUUAAACAGAACGUAAAACAUAGAAAAGUACAGCACAAGAACAGGCCCCUUGAUCCACAAUAUCUGUGCCGAACUUAAUGUCAUCGUCCACGAGUUAAACUAAUCUCUGCAACUGCAUGUGACCCAAAUCCGUGUGCCUAUCUAAAAACCUCAUAAACACCACAAUUAUAUCUGCCUCCACGAUGCCUGGAACUUGUUCCGAAUACCCACCACCCACUGUAAAACCCUUGCCCUGCACAUCUCCUCCUCACCUUAAAGCUAUGCCCUCCAGUCUUUGACAUUUUAACCCUGGGAAAAAUAUUCCGUCUGCCCCAUCAAUGCCUCUCAUAAUUUUAUAAACCUCUAUUAGGUUUAUCCCCAACCACUAGCAUUCUAGGAAAAACAAAUCAUGUUUGUCCAACCUUUCCUUGAAGCUAAUGCCCUCUAAUUCAGGCAUCAUUCUGGAAAAAAACAUUUCUGUACCUCUCCAAAGCCUCCCGAUCCUUCCUGUAAUGGGGCGACGAGAACUGCAUGCAAUAUUUCACAUGUGGCCAAACCAACGUCUUAUAAAGCUGCAAUAUGACUUCCUGACUUUUAUACUCAAUGCCCCAUAUUUUGUUGCAAUUUCUUUCCAACAUAUUAAACUUUUCAAUUCCCUCCAUUUCUCUGUUAACUCAAAAUACUCUUGUGCAUCUUUCAUGAAUGCAAUUUCUCUCUGUCCAUUGUACCCAACUGAUAGUUUGUUUCAUUUAGGUUUUCAGAGGAAUACAUUUAUCAGAUUCUAACGCUGGCCACUUUAUAAAAUGUAACUCUUUUCCUGUCUUUUUGUUAAAGAUUUCCUCCUUGUUAAAUAUUUCCUCACUUCAUCUUUUUUAUUAUCCUAAUUUUUCAUUACUUUGAACUUUCCAGUAUGUGGUCACUAAAGAGUAUGAAUGCAGACAAAAAUCCAAGGGACUUCAGCAAAGUACAAUCAGAUAAAUAUCAUCCUGGGACAAAGAAAGGCAAAGUCAUGAUUAUAACUUGAGGAGGACUAGAAAAAAUCUGAGGUUAGGAAAGAUAUACAUAGAUUUGUUCUCGUGCAACCAAAUGUAAUAAUAAUAAUAAUAAAUUUUAUUUGUGGGCGCCUUUCAAAAGUCUCAAGGACACCUUACAGAAUUUAACAAGAGUAAAAAAACAUAUAAUCGGAGUCAAAUAAAUAAUAAAGACAUCACCAGUACACAAAUUAAAGACAGAAUUCGACCCAAAGACAAAAAAAUCAAAAACACAAUGUGAAGAGAGAGCAGCGGCAGCUAAACCGCGCCAGCGUACACACUCCCUUCCGACAGCCAUCUUGGACACAAACUAAAAUAAUCACUUUUUUAUGUGUGGUAUGGCUACUCAUGGCGUAUACAGUGUUCUUUCAGGGAUUUAGGUUUAUAUGAAGUCGCAUUGAAAAAGAAUGUGAAUAAGCACACUCUGCCUUUAUUACUUUGAUGAUGAGCAGCUGUUCUAAAUUUUUUAAAGCUGCAGAAAAAUUCUCGACAAUUAAUUGCCAAUUUAACUGCCAUAUAAAUCCUGUGGUCAAAUUGGAAUUGCACUAAAUUGCUCUUCUUCAGUCCAAAUAGAGUUACAAUUUUUAAAAAACUAUAGUAUUCUUAAUACUCUAAAUUAUUAAAGUUUGAUUUAUAUAGAUUACUCUAGUAAUUAAUACAAAGAUAAAUAUUGUAGAUGCUUUAUUAUUGAAACUAAAAUAAAAAAAUGUAGAAAAAUACUCAGAUUAGGAAGCAUCCCUCGAGAAGGAGUUUUGUGGUCAGCGGUAAACCAACAUCAUUCACUAUUGACUUUAAUAAAAUAUCAACCCGACCCUUAGUGAUUCAAUGAAAAUUAAAAAAUAUUAUAAGGAGGAUCCUCCAUGGCAAAGCCUUGUGUUCUGUAGAGGCUUGAUAGCAUUACCAUGCCACGUGCAGCAGCUAAAAC